AUGGGUCCGCCUACACGAAGCAAUGCAAAGCUCACAGUAAAAGACCUAUUACACCAAGACACAAACAGCUGGAACUUAGAAGCAAUACAAGCUCACUUACCUCAUUAUGAGGAAACCAUCAGGCUGCUUAUCCCAAGCUCGCGUAAUCUCUUGGACUACCAAAAAAUCAAACACUACCUCUGGAGGGCACUCAACAAAGCUCUACUAGUGGGAAUGAACCUCCGCUGGCGGGGAAUUAACACAAAUGCUUGCUGUGCAAGAUGUGGAAAACAGGAGAAUGUCUGCCACAUUUGGUUUGACUGCCCGUACGCAAAAGAGGUGUGGCGUACAACCUCUAUAGUCUCCCCCCUGGCAGGUCUUUCUCCAGACGUAGACCCUAGUGUCCUACUCAGCUCCCUCUACAAAUCAAAAAACCACCCGUCAGCACCAUUACAGGAAGUACCCCUGUUCCCUUGGAUCCUCUGGUAUCUAUGGACAAGCAGAAACAAGAUCACCUUCGAGGGUUCGGACUUUACAGCGUCGGAACUGGUCACCAAAGCCACUCAGGAAGCGACCCUCUGGCACUCAGCAAAUAACUCCCCACCCCAGGUACCCUCGAAGACAAGACAGCCGGAAUACCUCCCAAUCCGGAAUUCCGCAGCGAUUUGCCACACAGAUGGCGCAUGGCAAGCGAACUCUCUGAUAGGGGGCAUGGGAUGGACCAUCUCAGACCCAGGAGGCUCAGUGAUCGCAGAAAGCUCAGCGGCUCAACGAUUCGUCUCCUCCGCCUUGGUAGCAGAAGCCAUGGCGGUCUUAGCAGCACUUCGGGAGGCAAUCUCGAUGGAGAUUAGUGAUCUCCACCUUCAAUCGGACUCUGUAGUCCUUGUCAAUACCCUCUCUCGGGGGCGGAUGUGA